AUGAUGGCUGCGCCGAAGAUCAUUGUCCUUGGCAGCCUCAAUGGCAAUAUCGAACCCGCCCUUAAGAAGGUAGCCUCUCUGCACGCAAAAAACAGCUUCGCUCUGGCUCUCCUGACCGGCGAUAUGUUCACCCCCGAGACGGACGAUACAUUUGUCGAUUCUUUGCUCGACGGCUCCAUCGACAUUCCGCUUCCCACCUACUUUACCGUCGGCACUCACCCUCUUCCGCCACGCAUCGCCGCCAAGAUUCAGACCGACGAAGACAUCUGCCCAAACCUGCAUUACCUUGGCAAGCGCAGCACGACAAAGACAUCCGAUGGAAUAAGAAUCGUCUCUUUGGGCGGUCAGCUUGACACGAAUCUAGUGGGCGGUCUAUCCAAGGAACAGCACCUCCCGUUUCAUACCAAUGAUGACGCGAAAACCUUGAGAGGCGCCAACUCAGCCGACAUCCUCCUCACGUCCAUGUGGCCAGCCAAUGUGUGGAAGGGCUCGAAUGUAGCCCUUGACCCCACACAGCAAGCCUCUCUCCAGACCAGCGAGGCCAUUUCUGAGUUGUGUGCCGCGCUGAAGCCGCGAUAUCACCUGUCUGCAUCCCCGGGAUCCUUCUUCUACGAACGCGAACCUUUUAUCCAUCCCAACGAGAGCGAUGCAGAUCCCCUGCGGGUGACACGAUUCAUAUCCAUGGCGCCUUUUGGGAACCAGGCCAAGGCCAAGUCCAUGUACGCCUUCACACUCAACAAUACCGACACACCAGUACCACAGGGUGUGACGGCCUCACCAUUCAUCGCGAAACAGAAGCGUCAGGCACCAGCAGACAACGUCCGCUACGCUCACUCUGGCCGCGACGGUCACCAUGGUCGGGGUGCUAAGAGGCGUCGCCAACGUUCACCCCCACCUGGUCCGGACCGGUGCUACUUCUGCCUCUCGAACCCCAAUGUUUCUCAGCAUAUGCUAUGCAGCGUCGGCGACGAGACGUAUGUCACCGUCGCGAAAGGGCCUCUCCCUACCACGACGACUUUUGCUGACCAGGGACUCGAUUUUCCCGUCCACCUGAUCAUCAUUCCCAUUCCCCACAACCCUACUAUUCCCAGUCUGGGGGACGUCACAGACCCGGCCGGCACAGCAGCCGCUGUCUACAACGAGAUGACCAGGCUUCGCGAGGCAAUCCAAGCCAUGGUCGCCAACAAGUCGAAUCACAAGCUCGGAGUCGUCACGUGGGAAAUCAGCCGCGACCGCAAUGUCCAUCUCAUCUGGCAGCUCAUGCCAAUUGCGGCCGAUCUCAUCCAACGCGGGCUCGUUGAGGCCGCUUUCAAAGUGGAGGCGGAAAAUCAGGCGUUGCCAGCAUUUGUUAGCAAGGAUAUUCCACUGGAGCAACAGGCAUCCUACGGAGACUUCUUUCGCGUCUGGAUCUGGGCGGACAAUGGCGAAGACAAGAUUAAGGGAAAGUCCAUCGUCAUGCCCCUCGAGUCAGAUAUGCGAUUUGACUUGCAAUUCGGCCGCCGCGUCAUGGCGAAGCUCAUGGGCCUGGAGAACCGCGUCGUUUGGCAGGACUGCGCGCAGACGGAAGAUGAGGAGAUCAAAGACGUGGAAGCUUUCAAGAAGGCCUUUGAGGAAUUCGACUUUACCCUCUAA